AUGCAACCUCCUCAAAAGAACAGUCUCUUUCUUCUGCUCGCGCUCAUCGCGUCCGCUCGCUGCGGCGCUCUUUUGGCUCCGUCAGAUGGACAGCUACUUCGGCAGACAAGGGCGAACGAUGACCUGGCCCCCCAGUCGGAAGAGGACGGCGAACGGAUGCUCGACGUGUCAGCCGGUAGCCCUCUGUCCAUACAAGCGAGAUUUGCGUGGCAGAGAGUUGUAUCUCAAAUGUUUGACGGUCAUGAGCAUGUCAGAAAGAGCUACCAGCCAGUAUUUGCAGACGAUCACUCUGGCCUUAUCCUUUUAGACCAUAUGAAACUCGAGCGCGAAAAAAAAAAAAAUUUACAGGAUGAGCUUCUGUUGCUUCAAGGCAAAGAACCCGGCAAUGGACAAGACAACCAACCCGCCGAGAGCGUUGAUAAACGAGAAUCAACACUCUUCUCGUGGAUUAAGAAAAUGUUUAAGACGUCACGCCAAGACAAUGCACGCGGCGAAGGCUCGGAAGCGAAGAAGAAGAGUUUUUUCAAGAAGCUGCGUCCAGACAAAGGACCCAGAUCGACGCAUUUGAGGGAUCAAGGCAAAGAACCUGGCAAUCCUCUCGGCAAAAAACCUGGCAAUUCACUUGACAAAGAAGUUGGCAAGGAUCCCGGCAAUGUACACGGCCGUAAUUUCCGUGAGUCCGUCAAAGCAAGCGUCGGAAAACCGGAACCAACGAAUGUCUCGAAGACCAAGAAAGGUUCUGCGGUGUUUGGUCAAGACACAGAACCCGGCAAUGAAUCCGUCCAUCCCGUCGUCCAAUCUAUAAAGAGACCGGUCCAACCCGUCAAAGAAUCCUUCCAAUCCAGCAAAGAACCCGGCAAGAACUCUGAAGCAAGCGUUGAAGGGCCAAAACCAAGAUUUGCUUCGUGGAUCAAGCAAGGCGCCGGCGCUCUGAAGAUGACGAUUGCUAACGUCAUCACAAGGCUCUGGAAUUUCUUAACCUUUUGGAGGAAGUAG